UGAGUUUUUUUUUCUUUCUAUAUUUUCUAAAAGAAUGUCAUUGAACCUCUUCUUCUUGCUUCAAAAUCUUCUUCAUUCAAUCCAAUCACCAAAAAAAUAUGGCUUUUUCACAACAACAUGCAAAAGGGUUGCUUCCACAACAACCACUUUCUUCAUAUAUUUGCCAUGAUCCAAGAAGCUUAAAAGGUUCUUCUUCAUCUCAAUUCCAAAGGGUUGCUUCAGCUUCAUCAGAAGAUUCAAGAAUGGUUGGAACAUUGGUGGAUGAAGCUUCUAUAUCAACAAUGAUUGGUAUUCUUAGUGGUUACAUAGGAAGAUAUGUAAAAGAUGAAACUUUUAGGAGAACCAUAAGAGAGAAAUGUUCUUCUUUCUUAGAUAGAACAAAAACAAGAAAUGAUUUAGGUGAUGAUGAAAAUGAGAUAUUUGUGAAAAUGGAAUUUUGUAUUGAGAAAAUUGAUAGAUUGAUAUUAAAAAUUCAAGGAACAAAGAAAAAUGUGACAAUGAUGAAAAGCUUAAGAAAUUCCAUUGAGCUUUUAACCAAAGUUUCUUCUUUGAAUUCUCAAUCUUAUUUUUCAUCUUUUGCUCAACUUUACAUAGCAAUAGCUUAUAAGUUGCAAAAAAAUGAAAAACUUUGUUCAAAGCAUUUACUUCAAGUGUUUUGUUGUUCUCCAAAUUUGGCUAGAACUUACCUUCUUAAUGACCUUUGGAACCAUUUGUUUCUUCCUCAUCUUCUUCAUCUUAAAAUUUGGUACACUAGUGAACUUGAAUAUCUUUCAAAUGAUGGUGAAAAAGACAAGAAAAUGAAAGUGUUGAAUAAAGUUUACAAUGAAAAAAUGGAUAGUGGAACUUAUCUUUUUGGUAUGUAUUAUAAGCAAUGGCUUAAAGUUAGUGGUGCUAGUGAGCUUCCUCUUCCUAUUGUCUCUUUGCCAUCAAGACCAAGUUAUUGUAGAUCAUCAAGAAGAAUGUCUUCAGAUUCUACCAUUUCAAAUUCUUCCAUUAACCCAAACUUAUACAAGGCAGUGUUUGGCCUCAAACAAGAGCAGCACAAAAGUACUAGUCUUGGUAACCAAAAUGGAGUUUUGACACUAAGGAAGAGCUUAGAGAUUGAUAAAAAACUAUAUGGAGAUGAUUACUACAAAUGCAGUUUGAUUCAGAAAGAAGACAGCAUAUCAUUUGAAAGAUCAUCGAACCGAAUCGACAAGAAUCAACCUCAACAAAGAUUGGACUAUUUCAAGUGUUUGUCUUGCAGGUUCACACCAACAGAAACCUCAACAAAAAUCAACUACAUUAAAUCCAAGAAUGCUUCAAGCAUUCUUUCAACUGAUUUAGUUGAAGCUAUUACAACAAUAUGUUCAUCAGACAUUCUAACCGAAUGCGAAUUCGCUAUUCGGGUGAUUACAAAAGCAUGGUUGAACUCACCUGGUGAUCCUCUCAUUGAAGAAGCAUUAACACAACAUAGUGUAGUUGAAGGCAUACUAGAAGUGUUAUUAGUCUCAACAGAAGAUGAAAUUCUUGAACUUAUCAUAUCAAUUUUGGCAGAAUUAAUAACAAGAAAUGAUGCAAUUAGACAAAUAAUACUAAAUUCUGAUCCACAAUUAGAAAUAUUUGUGAGACUAUUAAGAAGCACAAGUCUUUUUCUUAAGGCUGCAAUUCUUCUUUAUCUGUCAAAACCAAUGGCAAAACAAAUGAUAUCAUCAGAAUGGGUGGCAUUGAUACUUAGAGUGUUGGAAUUUGGAGACAAAUUUCAAACACUUUUCACAGUUCAAUGUAGUCCUCAAGUUGCAGCAUUUUACAUUUUGGACCAGCUUUUGAAUGGUUUUGAUGAAGACAAGAAUUUGGAGAAUGCUAGACAGCUUCUUUCACUUGGUGGAUUGACACUUCUUGUGAAGAGGAUUGAAGGAGGUGAGAUUCAUGAGAGGAACGAAUCGGCUUCGAUGCUUUCGUGCUGCGUUCGAGCCGAGGGAAGCUGUAGAAGCUAUUUGGCUGAUAAUGUUAAUAAGAGUUCAUUGCUUGAACUCAUUGUUCUUGGAUGGAAACAAAAUUCAAGUGGUUUUGCUUUGUCUGUGAUUUUUGAGUUGCUUUUCCUUGAUAGAAGAAGCAAGAUUUUGAAGUUCUUAAGAGGACUUAAAGAAGGAUGGAGUGGAUUAAACACAAUGCACAUUUUCUUCACUUACCUUCAAAAGGCUCCACAAGAAGAAAGACCUUUAGUUGCUGUGAUAUUAUUGUUGCUUGAUCUUAUGGAAGAUAAUUUCAAGGGAAGCAUAUAUAGAGAAGAAGCUAUUGAUGCAAUUGUAGCUGCAUUAAAUUGUGAAAUGUGUAAUGAUAGAGUUCAACAACAAUCAGCAAAAGCUCUACUCUUAUUAGGAGGCCAAUUUUCUUAUGCAGGGGAAUCAUUGAUGGAAAAAUUGCUUUUACAAAAAGCAGGUUUCCAAGAAAUUUGUUUAGAUGAUUCAUUUCUUCCUUGCAAGGAAAUUGUUGUUUUUGAUUCAAUUCACAAGAAUAAAGAGGAAGAAGAAAGUGAGAGUUGGCAAAAAAGAGUAGCAUGUGUUUUGUUCAAAAGUGGAAAUAGGAAAUUGCUAUCUGCACUUGCAAAUUCUGUAGCCAAUGGUAUCCCAUGUUUAGCACGUGCAAGCCUUACAACUAUUUCAUGGAUCACUAGCUACCUCCAUUUAAUUCAAGAUACAACAAAUUUGCCACCAAUUGCUUUUUCAAUCUUGACCCCAAUUUUGCUUCAAUCAUUGAAUUAUGAUUAUGAUGUUGAAGAAAGAGUUUUAGCUUCAUAUUCAUUGUUGCAUCUUACAAAAAAUUCAGGAUGUGUCUCUAUGCUCCCAUCACUAAACAAAGAGUCACUCACACAUCUCAGAAAUCUCUCCCUAGUGACGUGGACUGCCAAUGAGCUUAUCUCAAUAUUCUCAAAAAGAAGUAUGCAAUUAACACAAUAAUAUGCAAACAUCAUAUUUGUUGAAUCUCUCAAUCAAUGUAUUUUCUUCUUAUUAAAUAUCAUUAUUAUUCCUUUUCACAUAAGUGUGAUUGAUUGUAACCAUUCUUGAGUUUUGUAUAGUUUUUUUUAUAAUAAAUAUGGUAUUGUUGCAAUAUAUCAA